GAACAGAGGAAGUGGAAGGCUCCCGAUGUACGUGAGCGCUGCCAAGGGAGCGGCGUCGUUCUCGAUGCAAUCGCUUCUGAACCCGUCGAGCGAGUACCCACCGUCGAACAAGGAAGAUAUGUCUAGUCAUCCCCCUCACACUGUGCGUUCGUAUCCGCAACCACCAGUGCUCGUGCCUCCUCUCCGACCGCUCCAUGCGUUGCCUCCGAAACCGGAGAACCGAGCGAGUAGCGACCGCAAACGGCGGCAUGAAAAGGCCAAAGCGCGGUACAACGAAGAGAUGGCCGACCUCCACGACAAGUAUACGUCGUUGGAGCUUCAACUGACCGAAUUAGAGACGAACAAACGGAUGAAGAUCGAAGGACAGGCCCAGUCGACGUGGGAAGGGUUUGCGCGUCGGCAAGCGUGGCAGCGACAACAGUCCAUGAAGGAAAACGCGCGACUGAAAUCUCGACUGGAAAUGCAAAUGACGAUCAUUCGGGACCUCCAAGCAGUGCUGACAAACCAACCGCUUCUCCUCGAGUCGUCGAUCUUAGGACCGGCAGAAAUCCCGUUUGUGCACCUGACAGAAGACUCCCGCGAACGAAAACUCGCCGUCGACUCGAUCAUGCAAGCGCAACUCAGCCGAAUGCAAGUCGUUUUUGCCGAGAACGGGAUGCUGCGGUCGUUGAACACGUGGAAGCAAGUGGCCGUGCGCUUUGACGAAUGCACCAAGGAACUCGUGUUCGAGAUGUCGCUGUCUUUCAUAUUUAACGUCCCCAUCAACGAGCUCUGCGCCGGCCUCAACACGGCCAUCACCGUCCGCUCCGACUAUUCCGAGUACAGCAACGGAUCGACCAAGGUACCGCCGCCGUUGCAUUCUUCUUUUUUGGUCAAAUCCGAGUUGGUUGAUUUUUGUGUAAAUAUUUGUCAAAUCCACCUGAUUCCACCAUGGCUUGACUUGGUCAUCACCAUGAAUUGCGACAUUUUUCUCAUCAUGAUGGAUUCCGACGACAUGAUUUCACACAAAACGAAUCUUUUUUUUUAUUGCAGUUGAUCGAGACAUUCGAUUCCAAGACCCAGUACGUCCGACGCGUGUACACGUUGAACGGCGCCCCCGACGUGCACGUGAACUUUGUCUUUCACAGCUUUGGUACGACCGAUUCGUUUGUCUGGAUCGGGCAGUCUGUCCUCGAAGACGACUUGUAUCCGUUUCCAGAGAACGUGCUGCGCUCCCGCGAAAGCAUUUGGUGCCUGGCCGAGCCCAUCAGCGCGACUCAGUCCCGCCUUCGCAAAAUUCGCCACGUCCAUCUCAUCCCGCCAAAGUCGAAAGAUUUUGCCGACGUGUGCGGAGUCGGCAAGUUGGCGGACAUCCUGGUCAAUUGCUACGCUGCCAACACGGAGCUGUUUGCUCAAUUGGUGGAAUCGUCCGUGACAAAGAAUCUGAGCUCCUAUCGACCGGACCAGCUCAUGGAGUCGACGGGCCCACUCAUCCAGCUGAACCAGUUUAAAACCACCCAACUCUCCCUUCGCACUUCGUAGUGGCACCCUCGUCAAAAUAUUAACCUUAUCAAGCCGUGGGCACGGAAUCGUUGCGGUCCAGUUGUAGUUGCGUCGCAACGUCAUGCAGUGUGUGUGUCGUACGGGAAGGCCUCACAUUAGCAGCCACAGGUCGCUCCGGCGUAAAGUUGGAUGACCACGCUGCGACAUGUGUAAGUGCCGCUCGCUCGCUUCCUGAGCCGUCGUC